AUGGCUCCCAAGCGUCGAGCAAAUGUCGUUUUCAGAAACCAAAGGGAGACAGUGGUGAUCAAGAACCAGUUGGAAACGGUUCCUGUUGAAGACAUAGCAGAGGAAAAAGAAAGGAUAAUCACUGAAAUUUCGGUGGAAGGGUUAAGCAAAGAUGAAGCACAAAAAGAACCCCCGACAGUUCAAGUUCCAGUGGAAGCUCCAGGCAAAAACAAAGUGCAAAAAGAACAGCAGAUAGAGCAAUCUCCUGCCGAAGAACCAAGGAAAGAUGAAGCACCAAAAGAGCAGCAAAUUCCUGCGAAAGAACCAAGCAAUGGGGCCUCCAAAUUUUUGGAAGAAGAACCUAGCAAUGAAACCUCCAAAGCUUUGAAAGAACCAAUCAAUAAAGCCCCAAAAGCAUUAGAAGAUCGGGAACAAAGCAAUGGGGCCCCCAAGGCUUCGGAACUAGAAGAGCCACCACUAAAGAAAGAAGACGAAAAAGAAGUCAAAAGACCGGGGAAGGAGAAAAGAAAGUUGAGCAAAAGAAGGAAAAGACCCGAGAAGGAGAAGAGAGAGAGAAGAAGAUGA